GUUCUUUGCCGGGAGAGCGGCUGAGAGGGAGCAGGCGAGCUCCAAGGGGGUGUGGGUGUAGAGAGAGAGAGAACAGGCGGCAGCAGCGACAGCAGUGGGGAAGAGCGGAUUCCGCCCGGAGCCACACUGAGAGCUCGCGGUCGCGACUUGCCGCCCUAAGCGCUCUCCCAAGUCCAGCCCGCUCGGCGAGGACUUCCUUCUCCUGGACGAACCUUGUCAAGCAAGCUGGGAUCUAUGAGUGGAAAGGUGACCAAGCCCAAAGAGGAGAAAGAUGCUUCUAAGGUUCUGGAUGACGCCCCCCCUGGCACACAGGAAUACAUAAUGUUACGGCAAGAUUCCAUCCAAUCCGCGGAAUUAAAGAAAAAAGAGUCCCCCUUUCGUGCUAAGUGUCACGAAAUCUUCUGCUGCCCGCUGAAGCAAGUGCACCACAAAGAAAACACAGAACCCGAAGAACCUCAGCUUAAGGGUAUCGUUACCAAACUCUACAGCCGACAGGGCUACCACUUGCAGCUGCAGGCAGAUGGAACCAUCGAUGGCACCAAAGACGAGGACAGCACUUACACUCUGUUCAACCUCAUCCCUGUGGGUCUUCGGGUGGUGGCUAUUCAAGGAGUUCAAACCAAGCUGUACUUGGCAAUGAACAGCGAGGGAUACCUGUACACCUCGGAACAUUUCACACCUGAAUGCAAAUUCAAAGAAUCAGUGUUUGAAAAUUAUUAUGUGACAUACUCGUCGAUGAUCUACCGUCAGCAGCAGUCAGGCCGCGGGUGGUAUCUGGGCCUGAACAAAGAAGGAGAGAUCAUGAAAGGCAACCACGUGAAGAAGAACAAGCCCGCAGCACAUUUUCUGCCCAAACCACUGAAAGUGGCCAUGUAUAAGGAGCCGUCUCUGCAUGAUCUCACGGAGUUCUCCCGAUCUGGAAGUGGGACCCCGACCAAGAGCAGAAGCGUCUCCGGUGUGCUGAAUGGAGGCAAAUCCAUGAGCCACAAUGAAUCAACGUAACCAGUGAGGGCAAAACGAGGGCUCCAUAACAGAACCUUAUGUCCAGGUGCUGUUGAAUUCUUCUAGCAGUCCUUCAUCCAAAAGUUCAAACUUCUCAUUGAGAUUUAACAUGCACACAGGCAGAGUUCCCUAUUCUAUCUGCCAUUAGACCUUGUUAUCAUCCAUACUAAAGCCCCAUAAUUUAGAGUCAGCUUGUGCAAAAGAAUGCCAAGCAUUAUCAAUGAACUAAAUCUGGAAUAAGGACUGCCAAA